AUGAUAAUCCUACGAGUCCUAGGCUACUACGGCAUGGCGGUAUGCGUCGCCAAAUUCUGCCUGCAGACAGGAAUCCAAAACAUACCGAGCUGCGCACAAGAUGCAGAUGAUCGCGAACCCGUCGACAACCAUGCCGGCCCAUCCCCAUCGGUGAGAAUGCCACCUGCUCAACGACCACCAGUGCCCUCUACCCCGAUGGCAGUGCCCAGCGAUGGAUUUGCACCCAGACGGCUAAAUCCGGGCGCCAUCUUACCAACAUCCGCGUCCACCGCUGCGGGCAGCGCAGAUGACAGUGCCUACCACACCCCCAUGUCGGUCGCGAUAGCUGUACCCGCUGUGACAUCUACGACGGAUCCAUCGCCAUCGUCCACGGUCGCAGGUAGUGCAGGUGAUGACCGUGCUGGCAAGUACCUGCUGCCCAUCGGGCUUACGACCUCUGCUAUCCGGCGGCAUGGUGUAGAUGGCUUCCUGCACAUCGUGACGAGGGCCGGCUUUUUCCUUGCGGAAAGCAGGGGAAUCGAUAAUAGCCCAGGAAAGCGAGCGCGGAUGGGCGGCUGGCAGCACCGAACGGCUCGUUGA